AUGCUUGGGGUCUUCUUGAUAUGUGCCGGGAUGGUCUAUAUCGUGCUGCCCAUCUUGCGGAAGUUUGGGCUUGAAAUGAAUGAUUCCGGUCGAAAACAGAGAAAGCGAGAAGCGGUCCUGAAGGCUUUAAGGAAGGCGCUUGACAAGCCGUUGGCGGACUUUGGCCUGACCUGGCACGAUGUGCAGGAGUCCGGUGUGCUUGAAACGGAGACAACCGGCGGGCUGCAUGAUGAUGUCGAAGACCCCCUUGCCUUUAUCGAAGGCAAGCUGGCUUCCUACCCACUCUUGGCUUUGAAGAUGUGUCUGCAUGCGGCACGCCAAGACCCUUUCUUUGACACACUCUGUGAAGAGGCCAAUUUGGAAUGGCACGACUUUACCCAAAAUCCAGACCUCCUUGUAAAGGGCGUCAGGGCGGAAAGCUUGCAGCAGGCAGUUGCCGACAGGAUGCCGCCCAGUAUGCUGGAGAACUGUGUUUUGCGCACUCGGGCAUGGAAGCUUCGCCACAAGUUCCAGGACGAGGCCACAGAGCAAGAGGUUCCCCUCGAGGAUGUCGUGAUCGAAGUUGCCAAGAGAUGUGGCAGUCCCUCCGAGCUAAAGAAGAUGGAGGCCGAUUGGAGGCUUUUCUCCUCUUUGGUACGUGCUGUCUGCAGGGAUCUGAGGCAGGGGCAGCUCGUCGAAGAUGAUGAAGAUCUCGGGCGCCAUCGGAGCACCUCCCGUGCUAUGUCGAAAAUGAUGAAGUCCAACUCCAAGAUUAUGAAGAUGCUCCACUUUGGUGAUGAAGACGAGGGUUUCAACGGGAUCGAUCCCGAAUCAUUGGACUUCGGCCUGUUCACCUCGUUUCCACGACCUGGGAGUCUUUUCUUUCAGUGCAUCCCGGUUUUCUGGGUGACGCUUAUUGGCAUGUGGCCAGAGCUGCUAUCCAGCUUCUUGCAGAUGAUCAGAUGCCGAGCAAUUACCGUCGAUGAUCCAUCGACAGGCCUUCAACUGAUGCAGCAGCGCUUGCGCUCUCAUCCCGAAGUGGUCUGUUGGGGUGAGGACCAUUUCCUGCUGGCACUGAUUGCUUGCAUUGGCCUUGGCGUGUGGUGCUUGGGCGUGCCUGUCCUGCUUUUCAUCCGCCUAUACUGCCUGGAUGACCGGCAGAGCCCAGAGAAUUACCGAAAGUAUGGAUACUUCAUUCAGGGCUUUGAGCCAGCUUUCUGGUGGUGGGACAUUAUUGUCAAGCGGGUUGACAUCGGCCUCAUGAACAUCAUCACAUACACAAACCUUGCAAACGAUGAGAAAGCAAAGCUGCUGCUCUUCCCUUUCCUGUCCGGCGUGCAGUUGACGUUGUGCGCGUGGUGCAGGCCAUUCACGAAUAGCCAGGCCGAAAUCCUGGAUUUUCUGGAAAUGUGCCUGUUGAGUUUCCGCUUCGUGCUCUUCAGUAUGGUUGCAGUGAUGCUGAUCUUCAACCCCUCCGCAGAGAUGACCUGGGUUUUAGCGGGUUUUCUUGUCUUGCUCCUUGCCAUGGUCUGUGGCUAUUUUGCGCUGCACGUCGCCGCGCAGUUCCUCCGCACGGCAGGAGUUGACGAAGACAGUGACGAAGAGGAGGAGGAGCAAGUCGGAACGUCUCCCACCACGCCAAUGUCGACUAGGUCCAAACGCAAACGAAAGCAGAGCUGCUUCAUGCGUUUGGUAGGCACUGUGAAGUCAACGAUCUUGCGAACCUUGGCAUUUUUUCUGCAAGAGUCAGACGACGAGAAAUUUGUCGUGCAGUGGUCGGUUUUCAAAACCAAUGUGGAGCUUGUCACCGCCGGUGAUCCGCAAGCCGUGACUUCAACCGGACUUCGUGCACGAAUAGUGUCGUUUGCCAAGGGCAUCCGAGCUUCCGUGCUGCGGUUUGGUUCCGGCGUCCAGAGACAAGUUAUGGUCAAGGCCUUCUCCGAGUUUUCGAUCCUCUGGUUGGAUGAGUUCGGCCAGAGUUAUCUACCAGCGGAUGCAGUCCAGAUCUUGUGUGCCCUUUCAACUACAGCCAAGCGUGUGCCACCGAAAACUCCGAAGGAUCGUGUAUUCGACAAGUGGAAGCAAGAGGUGGAGGCCCUAGUGCAUUAUACCAACGAUCCGGACCACGUUUGGCACAUAAGCCCCGACUACAUUCUGGAAGUAACACAGCGUCUGGGCAAGCUGGGUGAAGAAGAAGGCGUCCGCCUGGUAGAAGGAAUUCAAGGUGUUCUUCAUGCGAAGAAGGACAAACACGUGCUGGAGGAGGUGCUUGAGGCCAGAGCAUUAGCAAGAGUUCCCCGAGAAGUUCCGGACCUUAUGGAUGAGGCUAUCUUGGACUCGCAGCUGAGUGCGCUGACGAACGAUGUUUGGACCUCGUAA